CAAUAUAGAAUAUGUACAUUUCUUCUUUCAUAACAAUUGUCCCUGCAGAAAUAUCAACGAAGAUUUGUUUUGGGCGUUUCCUAACUUACAAGGUCUGCGCCUUAAAACGUUUUGUGGCAUGAGAUACGCAUUGAAAUCACUGAUGAGAUUGCAGUUUAAGAAAUUGAACUAUGUAAAUUUAACUCAUACAUUCCCGCUCUCUGGAAAAGCCAUGAUGUUGUAUCAAAAUGAUGUAAAGUAUCUGAAAAACGUCUGUGCUGAAACGGUUAGUUUCAAGGGCACGCAUAUUGUAAGCAUAAGUGCGAUGAAAUCCUCCAUAUUCAUGAAUUGUAUUAAACAAAUAGACUUGUCGUAUAAUACGUUACGCAACUCCCCGUUGGUAUUUGCAAUUCUAGAAGCACCACAAAUCAAAUUAAUCAAUUUAAGUCACCAGAGCUACUGCGGUUCAGAUUCAUUUCCCAGUACGAACCGUAAACUAAUGAGUCAACAAUUGUCAUUCAAUUUAACGUUCUCGCCAUCUUUAGAAAUUUUAGACUUGUCCAACACAUAUGUUAAUCCACUUUCUUCCAUGCCGCUUAUUCACCUAUACGGCGCUAAUCUACAACGCCUCAAUUUAAGAUACACAAGUUUUUCCCUUUGUACGAAGAAGAACAUCAAACUCUUUUUACCUCGGCUGUGGUUCAUGGAUCUCUCGGGUGUGAAAUGUAAAGAUUUAUAUGUAGCAUUUCUGAAAGAUUUGCACUCCUUGUCGGAACUCUACAUCAGUGAUGUAAAUCUUAAGUUAGGUCUAACAAAAGAUGUAAAGGGUGAAUUUCUUAACGGUCUUACUAAAUUAAGGGUAGUCGAUUUCUCAGAGAACGCCUUAAAAGAUUUACAUCCGAACCUUUUUAAAAGUCAGUCAUUCUCCUUGAAAACGUUAUCACUAAAUGACAAUCUACUCACUACAGUUCCAAAUGCUCUUCGGGACGUAGCAUUAUUACGAAUUCUUGAAAUGAGAUCGAACAAAAUAUCAUCCUUUUCGAUUGACGCUAUCAUUACCUUAAAUCACCUUAAAAGCGUUCAGAUAGAUGUUAGAGGUAACCCCUUUGAUUGUUUCUGUAAUGCCCUUGAUUCCUUGCACUGGAUGUCUGAUCAUCGGGAACUAUUUCUUCAUUUGAACGAGACCUACUGUAUUGAGGAACCAACCAAAACGAUUUUAAGUGUGAUUAAUGAUACGCGAUCACUGGAACUACGAAGCAUUUCAAGGCUGUGGGUGCAAAUAUCGACUUCUGCUCUGUCGGUCACAUUUCUGUUUCUUGUAACAUUUACAAUUUUAUACCGCUACAGAAUCCUCCUGCGUUAUGGUAGGUUGAGAAUACGAUUAUUUUGGAGAAAAAGGCUUUCGGCAAUCACUACAUGUGACAUACCUGUGUAUGACGCAUACAUUUCGUAUUCGUCCAGUGAUUUUGUUUGGGUGCGCUCAAAACUUUACCCAGCAUUAAAUGGAGAAAAUCUUCGAAUCGCACUGCAAGAUAAAGAUUUUGACCCAGGUAGUUCCUAUGCAGAAGAAAUAGUUAGAUUUAUUAACAUGAGCAAAUAUGUGAUAUUCGUUAUAACGCGGCAUUUUAUCAAAUCUGAAUGGGGAUCCUAUGAAAUUCAGGUCGCAAAAAUACAUGCAAUUCACACUAAAGCAAAACUUGUUCUAAUCAUUAGGGAUGGAAUCCAAAUUGAAGACCUUCCAAAAGACAUCUUGUUCAUUUGGUGGAAAAUCAAACCAUUGGUGUUUAAUGAAAAUGAAACCGAAGGAAAACAAGCAAAAUUUUUCAAACGUUUAAUGACCACUAUAAAGGAUUAAUCGAAUAUAAUAAAACAGACUUUCGUGGUGUACUCUAUUUAAUAUAUAUGUCUCAAUUAUAAAAUAGAAUUGACUUAUUUGAAAGUAAUACGUUUCCGGACACUCACGAGAAACAAAAUAUUGAUUGCAUAAGCAGAAUGUAUGUAUUAUAGAAUACAAUAACACAGCCUUCCGUGUGCACUGUACUUAUUAUACAAUGUACAGUGUAUUUGUUUCAGAUGUGGACAUAGAGUAGACUACUUUGUAAUUGAUACGUGUCUGGAUACUUAUGUCAAACAAAAUGUUGCCUCCAUGAAAAGCAUAUCUGCCUCAUAAUUAUACCAAUAAUUGUUUUAUUUCAUUUCACAUUAUACAAUCUUUUUACCUUCGGCAUCUUUACAAGCUGUAAUGAUAGUCAUCUCAUAAAUGUGAAUGUAAACAAUCUGUAUAUGAAUCUUCAUCAUCUGAGUACGUCUUCUUUAACGGUUUUCUGACAGAAAUGAAAGUAGAAUACAAAUUUGUAAAAUAAUUCUUAGUUUUGAAAAAAACACACGAGAGUAUGAACUGCGUUGCUUUAUGAUAGCAUACUUCGUGUAGUACGGGAGUGAGUCAUUUUGAAAAGUUCAUUUUUAUUAUAACUUACUACUACAAGGUCCACAUUAGUCCAAUUUUCAUACUUUUUUUUUUACUGAAUUACGUAAAAUAAAUUUUACAUAUUUAUUUUCCUAAAAUGCUAAGUAAAUUGUGAUACAAUUCACAUUGUAAAUAAUAUAUUAAUCAUCAAGGCAAACUGCCGAACCUGAACAUGCUACAAUUCGUCAACAUUUCGUAAAAUGUUAAUGUCGCAUUUGCUGUGUCAUAUCUGUACAAUGCCUACAAAUAACAAAGUACAAAGCCUUCUUCGAAUGGCAUAUCCACAACAAAUGAGCUGCAAAUAAAAUCGGAAUAAGUUUUUUUUAUAUUAAAAAGGCGGGGUUUUUUUUUAAUUAAAUGUUAUAACGAUCUAGUUCGUCAAUACGACCUCGCAUUGGGUCAAAUGCUGUCUGACGUGUUUCAUACCGAUUGUUAAGCCGUUCUUGGCACACUGAUUUUGACUGCGGAUAACUCCGUUUACCUGAUCAGGAUAUGGGACUCACGGCGGGUGUGACCAGUCAACAGGGGAUGCUUACUCCUCCUAGGCACCUGAUCCCACCUCUGGUGUGUCCAGGGGUCCGUGUUUGCCCAACUAUCUAUUUUGUAUUGCUUGUAGGAGUUAUGAGAUUGAUCACUGUUCAUUAUCUUCACCUUGCAUAGAGCAAAAAUGAAAAGAUAACCCAGUCAGGGCCAAGCACUGUAUAGCAGGUGUCAGUUUGCAUGCCCAUUGUACAUUUUUAUAACUACUUAAUUUUAUAUAUAAAAUACUAAAGGAUAGCUUGUAUACAAUACUAUUGUAUAUCUGAAGGGCUGUUCGUAUACAACACUGUUGUAUGGAUACCUUUAUUGUAUACCUAUAAUGUGGGACACAAAUGAAUCAUCUCUCUUUGUCCCAAAUUUCUCAUUUCAUUUAAUUCUCAUUAUUAAAAUAAGUGUGAAACAUGAAACACAUAUUCGUAUGAAGCAGAGAUUAAUCAAAAGCUUCUACAUGAGAACAAAAUAUAUCUUGCUGUGCCCUUAAACUCCACAUCUUUAAAAAUAUAUCAACAACGUUUUAUCUACGAGUAAUAAUAAUUUUCAUUCAUAUCUCGAUUUGAUAGACACCACACAAUCCUCAGCAUCUGUCUCGUACUUUGUUAUUUUAUUCACAAUAGAUAUUAACGGUAAACUAACAACUCAACUUUAUGACAAAUGUAAAACUUAUACGGUACCAAUUUUGAUGCACCAGAUGCGCAUUUCGACAAAUAAUGUCUCUUCAGUGAUGCUCAACCGAAAUCUUUGAAAUCCGAAAUAACUAUGAAGUUUUAGAGCUAAUUAUAGCCAAAAACAGCGUGCCAAAAAAGUGCAGCCAAAUUCGUCCAAGGAUAAGAGCUAUGCAUGAGGGAGAUAAUCCUUAAUUUUGAAAUGAAUUUCUAAAUUUUGUAACAGCAAUUAAAUAUACAUCCGUAUUUUCAAGCUAGUAACGAAGUACUUAGCUACUGGGCUGUAGAGACCCUCGGGGACUAACAGUCCACCAGCAGAGGCCUCGACCCAGGGGUCAUAAUGUAAAACUUGUACGGUACCAAUUUUGAUGAGGUGAUUUCAGCGUCUUCAUCGUCAGCUUCUCACAUUUAUGUAGCAAUAUUACAUUAUCACCUGCAUAUGAUGUUUAUAUCCCUCAACUGAUUAAAUACGCAAGAGCUUGUUCUAUGUAUGGUCAGUUUUCAAAUCGAGGCAGGCUUCUGACAAAAACGUUGAUGUUACAGGGGUUUCAACAUUCUCUUUUAAAGUCAGCAUUUUAAAAUUUAUAUUGUCGUUAUAAUGAUCUAGUUUACGAAUACAAAUUUUCUUUGGGUCAAUUGCUGUCUGACAUGUUUCAUACUGAUUGUUAGACUGUUCUUGGCACACUGAUUUUGAUUACGGAAUACUCCGUUUACCUGAUCGGGAUGUAGGGGUCGCGGAGGGUGUGGCCGGUCGAUAUGGUAUGCUUUCUCCUCCUGAGAACCUGGUCCAAUAUCUGAUGUGUCCAGGAGUUCAUGUUUGCCCAACUCUGUUUUGUAUUCUUUGGGUUGAGUUUGAUCGCUGUUGGUUGUAUUUACCUUUCAUGUUUGAAAUUUAUUUUUUUAUGAAUUCCUGUGGUCAUGUGAUGUCGCAGUGAAUGAUUUCUGCGCGAAAUUUGAUAUCACAGUGGUUAUUUGUGCAAGGCGAAGAUAACGAACAGUGAUCAAUCUCAUAACUCCCAUAAGCAAUACAAAAUAGAUAGUUGGGCAAACACGGACCCCUGG